CUCCGCCCUCCCUCCUCCCCUCGUAACCUCCACCCUGUUCCCCCCUUCCAUUCCCCGUUUCCGAGCUGCUCCCCUCCCCGCUCAUCAGCCGAGACAGUUCCCGUCACCGCCGCCUUCUUUGACCCGGGCGUAUUUAUACGCACUCAUUCAAAAUCCACGGCGCAGAAUAUUAUCCACAAAUCCAUCCGGGGUUAAGUUAGGGGGCUUCCCUUGCCAGCCGAGGCUGCUGCUCUGCUCUGCUUGCCCCGGUCUCGGCUCUCGACUGGUAUGGGGACGGGAGAGGGCGGGGGCCGCCGGCGGCGGAAGCUCGAGGGGGGCGACGGAGACGACAGCGACGAGGAGUAUGUGUUGGAGGAGGAGGAUGAUGAUGAGGAGGUCGACGAGCUGGAGUACGGCCGCGGAGGAAGAGACGCCGCCUCCUUUAGUGCCGGCGAGGAGGGAGGCGGCUCGGACGCGGAGUACGAGGUGGAUGACGAGGACGAGGAGGAAGAGACGCCGCGUCCAAAGCGGCCGGUGAAGAGGAAUGCGAAUCCGGCUGCUGCGCGAUCUCGCCGGCGCAGGUAUGAGGACGACGACGAUUACUCCGAGGAGCAGGAGCUCGAGGAGGAUGAGGAAGAUCUCGACGGGGAAGAGGAGCCACGGCGGCCGAACUUUGCGACGAAAUGUGGUGCCGGCGGCCAGAAAGCGGAAAUGCCUCAUGUGGCUCAGCGAUCUAAUCGGCCGAGGCAUGCGGAGGAGGAGGACAUGGACUUUGAUCCUGACUUGGACGAGGGGGAAGGGGACGAGGACACGGAUUUCGACCCUGAUUUGGAGGGUGACGAUGAUGAGUUUGAGGACGAGGAAGAGGAGGAACUGGGUGUCAGCCACACCAGAACGAUACCGAGGCUUAAGAAUACGGUCCGCCGAAACCCCGCUUCGAAGCAGCGACGAGGGAAGAAGAAGAAUAGUAAUACUAGUAAGGUUUCAAAGCAGAAGGUUCGGAAGCCUGCGCCUGCAAGGCGACGGAGAAAGCGUCCUGUCAUCGAGCACUACGAGGAUGAUGACGACUUCAUCGUGGAGGAUGAUCAGGUCAAGGUAAACCGUAAUUCAAGGAAGAAGGCCAGGUUUGGGAGGCAGGUGGAGGUAGACUGGCCAGUGCCAGUUGCCGAGGCAGAUAUAUGGCCGGCUAUUGAUUCAGACUCAUCAGAGUUUGAGUUUGGAACAUCCGAAGAUGAACCUGAGGGUGAGCCAGUGAGAGCUGCAGUUAGAAAGGGGAGGAAAAAGAGGGGGUUAUCGGGGUCAUCCUCAGAUUCUGAAUUCCAUGUCUUGGAUAAAGAAUUGAGUGAUGUCAGAGAAGAAGAGGUUAAGACGAAGAAAAGGGUACGCGUCUUGCAGUCAUCCUCAGAUUCUGAAUUUCAUUUAUCAGAUAAGGAAAUGAGCGAUGUCAGAGAAGAGGUUAAGAGGAAGAAAAGGACAUGCGUCUUGCAGUCAUCCUCAGAGUCUGAAUUCCAUGCCUCAGACAAGGAAUCGGGUGAUAUCAGGAUAGAAGAGACCAGGAGGAAGAAGAGGUUACUCGUCUCACAAUCAUCCUCAGAUUCUGAAUUCCAUGUCUCAGAUAAGGAUGCCAGGGACUCUGGAGAAGCUAAAUCUCUGGUGGCUCAGCCCAUGCUGUCUGUGUCACCGAAGAGGCUUUGUUUUACAAGGAAUGGAGGGGACAAAGGAAAGGAGAAAAAAGAACUAGUAGAUUCUGGGAAGCCCUGGUGUGGGAUAUGCCUCUCUGAGGAUCAGAGGAUGACUCUGCAGGGAGUGCUGAAUUGUUGCUCGCACUACUUUUGCUUCGCGUGCAUCAUGGAGUGGUCUAAGGUCGAGUCAAGGUGUCCAUUGUGUAAGAGGCGGUUCAACACGAUUACCAAGUCAUCAAAAGUGGGUCUUGGUUUGGAGCUGAAAAAAUCUGUAAUUAAGGUCGAAGAGCGUGAUCAGGUUUAUCAGCCCACUGAAGAAGAAAUAAGGCGCUGGUUAGACCCAUACGAGAAUCUUGUAUGCAUAGAGUGCAAUCAAGGUGGUGAAGAUAGUCUCAUGUUAUUAUGUGAUAUUUGUGAUUCCUCGGCACAUACAUAUUGUGUUGGCCUGGGAAGAGAAGUACCUGAAGGAAAUUGGUACUGUGGAGGAUGUAGACUCAGUGGUGAGGGAUCAAUGCAUCCGAGAAGCCUUACUAACAGCAAUUCGGCACAGUUAGGCACGGCUGCACCCAUUAGCACAUUUGGAAGGUCACCAUCAAUCAACCCUUGGCAAACUUUUCAAGGGUUUGAUCUAAAUGUAUCGCCUAGGGAUAUUCCUAGGCAAAAUAUUCAUGCCGAUUCACGUGCUUCAACUUUCGGUGCAUCAACUCCAACUGGAAGGCUUGCAACUCUUUCUAGAAGACGUAGAUUGAUCCACAUUUUGCUAGAUAGACAAAGGCAACCAGUUAGUCAGGACACUGGAUAUGAUGGUGUACAGCACAGUGGCUAUGCUCCGAGAGCCGACCCAGACCACAGGAACUUCUCUGCUUCAUCAGAAUCCCACUCUUUGCAGCACAAUGAUUCUUUACCAAGAAUUGAACCAAAUUGCAGGAACUUCUCUGGUCCUUGGGAAGCAAACAGUUCACAAACUCUGCUUGAUGACAUUCGGGACCAGCACAGUUAUUUUUCUUCUGUUCAAGCUCAGAGAAACUCUACUCCAUGCCUUUUUGUGGAUGGAAACAAUUUCCAACAUACAGAAAGUGUCAACAGCAACGUCAAGCACACGUGCAGUAUAAGUCCUCAUUAGAAUGUCAUUCUGUUCUGUUGGUGGCGUGUUGGAUCGACCAUAAGUAGCACGGACAUGCUUCUUACCACACUUUGAUAUCCUCCCAGUAACUGACAAUGCUCUGCCUUGUGACACCGAGUGUGUCUCACUGAAUAUAGCUGGCCAUUGUGCUUCAACUCAUCUUAUGUGGUCAAUGACAGCAGAAAAAGAACAUGUUAACCUUUUAUUUUAGCUUAGGCUUUCUUUUUUCUUUUGUUUUUGCCAUUCAUUUGGUCCUAAACACGACCACAAAGUUCAGCAACGACCAAGAUGCGGUCAAGAUAUUUCUGAUUUUUUGGACGGCUUCAUAUGUGUAUACAUUGUGGUAUCGGGAAAGCCAGUUCCAUCUGAUGAUCAUUCAACUUGACAUUCUGUCGUCUCAUGUAAUGAUAUGUGUAUUGUACUGUUGUUCAGUA